ACCGGACGUUGUUGGGGAUAUUUUGCUGCAGAAAUGUUGGGUGAGAUGAAUGGUUGUUGUGAUCCACCGAGGCGCCUUUGAGCUCACAUCUGUUCAAGAUGACAUGAAGCUUUAAAACCAUCACCCGCUGACUUCCGUCGUUUCCCGCCGAUGCUGGUCUGGGUGCCAUGGCAGCCAGGAUGAAGCUGAAGCUAAAGACUGUGUUUGUGCUCUACUUCAUGGUGUCACUGAUGGGCCUGGUCUACGCACUGAUGCAGCUGGGUCAGCGCUGUGACUGCUCAGAGCACGACCUGCCCAAAGACCGGGCCAUCUCUCGCCUCCGCGACGAGCUCCACCGUCUCCAGGCUCAGAUCAGGAAGCUGGAGGCGACGAAGCAGCCUCAGAACCAGGGGCACAGGUCCUCCCUGCCCACCAUCUUUGUCAUUACUCCCACAUACGCCAGGCUGGUUCAAAAGGCCGAGCUGACCCGCAUGUCCCAGACGUUCCUCCACGUCCCUCAGCUCCACUGGAUCGUCGUGGAGGACUCACCGCGCAGGACGCCUCUGGUGGCCGAGCUGCUGAGGAAGAGCGGCCUGACGUACACCCACCUGCACGUGGCCACCGCCAAGGAGCGCAAACUGCAGGAGGGUGACCCCAGCUGGCUGAAGCCCCGCGGGGUGGAGCAGAGGAACGAGGGACUGCGGUGGCUCAGAGAGGACAGACGGGACCAGAACCAGCAGGGCGUGGUUUACUUCGCCGACGACGACAACACGUACAGCCUGCAGCUGUUUGAAGAGAUGAGAAACACUCAGCGGGUGUCCGUUUGGCCCGUGGGCCUGGUCGGGGGCAUGAAGUACGAGAGCCCCGUGGUGGAGGGAGGGAAGGUGGUUCGCUUCCACACCGGCUGGAGGCCCAAUCGGCCCUUCCCGAUGGACAUGGCCGGCUUCGCCGUGUCCCUGAAGCUGGUCCUGGCCGAUCCCAAGGCCUGUUUCGACGGCGAGGCGCCCAUGGGCUUCCUGGAGAGCAGCUUCCUGAAGGGUCUGGUCACUCUGGAUGAGCUGGAGCCCAAAGCAGAAAACUGCACGAAGGUGCUGGUGUGGCACACCCGAACGGAGAAACCCAAGAUGAAGCGAGAGGACGCGAUGCAGUCGCAGGGCCUGGGUUCUGACCCGGCUGUGGAGGUCUGAGGGACAAAACAAAACAAGAAGAGCCGUUUUAAUUAACCUGAUAUUGUCUGCCUGCCUUGAGUUCAGUAAGUUUAAAUGAAACCCUGAGAGGAAUUAUUACUAUUAUUUUUUAGUUUAAAGUCCUAAUUUUUUAAAGUGGACAAACUGCAGUUUGAGCAGCUGCCUGAAGGGGGCGCCAGUUUGUAAACUUUUCAAAGCCACACUGUGUUAAAACUGGUCCGUUUGCAUCGUCACAUCAGGGGGCUUUGUUUUAUUUCUCUCACAUAAAUCCUCCAGCGUGCCUGGCAGCAGGUAGAUCUAUCUGGACCGUUCUGCUCCUUUACUCAUGCAUGACGUUUUGUUUUUGCAUGACUUGUGUCUGUAGGUCCCGAUUCAAUUUUUUUAAUGUGCUUUUAUUUUGAAACUCAUACACGGGGGAGGGAAAAAAAAAACAAGGACAUGAAAAUAUUUCCAACCACGUUUUCAUUUUGUUCCUGUUGAACCCGACGGAGCUUAGAGGUGAAUUUCUGGCAAUAAAAAGUAUUUAUAUCUGAAACAGCGGCCUCUAAUUUUGAAAUACGGCAAGCAAAUUCAAGAAACGACUUGUUGCUGUGUCUCCUGCCUACUCUCUGAGCUCGGAUGUUAGUUUCCGCUGUUGGUCACAACGAAUGCAUUUUCUCAGCAUAUCACAGUGUUUUGUUUUAGUAAUAUUUUUCAAAAAUCACUAGAUGAUGUUCUAAAUACGGAAACGGUACUACUCCCACAACCUGGUCUGAAGUCAGAGGGUGAAACGAGCUGCUGUUGUAUUGUUUACACUGUAAAAACAGCUUGUGCCUGCUUAUAUUUAGUGCCUGUGCGACAGUUUAUCUGCUGGUGUUUGUGUAUUUAUUACUGUAAUAUUGGUCUCUACAUUGUGCAGUGUGAUGGUGAUGAAAAUAAAACCUGCGUCAUGUCAAACA